UCUCCUAUGCUCCAUGCAAAAAAACAAAACGACUCUACUUUUCCUUCCUUCAGUUUCUCUUCUUCCUUUCUUUAGCGCCCGGCUGUUGGAGAAUUCACGGAAACAACUGCAAGAAGAGUUGUUGAAGGUUCAAAGCCAGCUCCUGGAUGAGAAGAAAAAACGCGAGCAGCAAGAAACGAUGGUUAAAUAUCUCCAGAAACACAUGCAGCUUCUCAUCAAGGCCCGUGAUGGCAUGAGAUCCAUUCUGGAAUUCUACGACAGCGAGCUGAACCCGUCGGAGCACUCCCCACAGCUCAGCUUCCGCGUGCGGGAGGCCGAGGAGUUGGUGCAGAAGGUGGAAGCCCACUGCAUGGAAAUGGAGGUUGCAGCUGUUGUGGGCUACGCAGUACAGUGUCAAGCCAUCGUUAGCUGCUGCUCUUUGAAGGAGAAGGAAGACUGA